UGACUGUGUGUGUGUGUGUGUGUGUGUGUGUGUCUUUAUGCACUUCAAACAGCAGAGCGUCUCAGUGUUUGUUCACUCUGUUAAUAAGUAAACCAGCAGCAGGAACAACACUCGUCACACACAGUCUGAACCUGAACGUACAGCUGUCUGCUCCGCGCCCACAGCAGUGUCUCCUGUUAUUCCCGUCCCUCUCUCUCUGUGAUCAUGGCGGCCGUGGGAGCGGAAGCCACCGGGCCGUGGUUCCUGUCGUCCGGCGUGGUCAGCGUCUUCCUCCUCCUCCUCCUCCUCUUCCUCCUCUCCAUCUUCCUCACGGCUCUGUGCAGCGAGUGCAGCAGACGUGGUUUUGAGCUGCGAGACUCCGAGGCGACCAAAGACCCUUCAGCUCUGAUCAGAGUGGUGAAGCUGGAAGAAGCCAUGGUGGCGAGAGAGAACCCGAUGAUCCACGAGAUCCAGAACGAUGAAAAAGAUGUUCAGACCAAUGGCAGCACAGCAGUGAUGAAGACAGCCAGUAUUUCGGAAACAGCUGAGUCAGGUCCUGAAGAGGAUAACUCUGUCCCGUUCACUCCCUGGAGGAGCCACCUGAGGGAGCCACAGAACCAGGAUGUGCACAGCUCCGCCCCUCCAGACCACAUCUACCACACCAUUGGGGGAGCUGUGGUGUCUCCCCUACCGACCAAUCAAGAGCCGGCGGAGGAGCACACCGCUCGCUUUGCAGCAGCGGGCGACUUGACCGACAGGAACUCGGUGUACGCAAAAGUCAGCAAGAAGUGGAGACCGCCCGCGCCGCCCGAUCACGCUCCUGCGGCACUGCAGGAAAAGGAAGAGGAGGAGUCUUCACCGCCACUGCCAGACAGGAAGACACAGCUGGAAGAAUGAUGAUUAUGAUGAUGAUGAUAGACAUGAGACAAAGACGGGGACAGAGAAUAAUGGAUGGCAGCUAUGAAGGACAAAGUAUGGGGUGGAACAAAUGCAUAAGGAUCUGUUUCUUUUCUUUUUUUUAAAACAGACUAAGGUAAUUAUUUUGCAGCGUUGCUGAACUAUUUUUAUAUUGUAUAAAUAAGGAACAUUUCAAACACUUGUGUACGAACAAUGAACUAACAUUUCCCGAAAAGGAAUCCGACGCGUCUCCACUUCCUUCCUGUACAAAGCAAAGCCAAAAUCUCCUUGAUUAGGAUC